AUGCAACUUGGUGUGGUGUUUGGAUUCUUUUACUUUGUACAAGAAACUGGCUUUAAUUUUGUAGUAACGUCUUACGUCCCUGGAAUAGUUCCGUACAUAACCAGCGUUAAAAUCAACGAUGAAGAAUAUUGUUUAUAUCCAAAUGUGGGGUUCUUAAAUCAAUAUGUUGUUGAAACGUUAUUAAACGACGAGGAACAGAACUGUGGCCGGCGUCAAGUGAGAGGCACACAGUUGAUGGUUAAUGGCGCUAACACUAAACCCGGGGACUGGCCAUGGCACGUGGCUAUUUAUAAACGACAAAAAAACAUUAUUAAGUAUAUCUGUGGAGGCACUCUUGUAUCUAAGAAUUUUGUAUUAACAGCUGCUCACUAUGCGUCAGUGAGGGGUUCUGCCUUAUUGCCAGACGUAAUAAGUGUUGUCCUUGGGAAGUACCAUUUAUUUGGAGGUGAUUUUGGGUCUGAAGAAAAGGAGGUUGUAGGAUGGGGUAAAGAUAACAGUGGAACUCUAACGCGUACACUUAAACAAGCUAACAUGCCUAUAGUUUCAGAUAGCGACUGUAUCAAAAGUAAUCCUUUGUUUUAUGCUAACAUUUUGAAUGGAAAUAAAUUUUGCGCGGGAUUUCACAAUGGAACAUCAGCUUGCAACGGUGACAGUGGUGGAGCACUUGUGGUGUUUGUACCAGAUACGGCUGAGGAUAGCGAUCCAAGAGCCGAAGGAACCUGGCAUGUUAAAGGCAUUGUAUCAAUGACACUAUCUCAAAAAGAUGUACCGAUAUGUGAUCCGGAACAGUACGUAGUGUUUACAGACGUUGAGAAAUACAGAGCGUGGAUAAAAAGCUACAUCAAAGAAAAAGAAAAGGAAGAUAUUGAUCAAUAA